ACAAGCACUCAGAAGACGUCAUCAGACAGGGGCAGUAGGGCAGGAGUUUUCAUAGAAAGCAUGUGAUGAAGGAUCAUAAAAGCAGAGAGGGGGUACAAGGUCACAGAGCCCACUCUGCCUUCUUCCUCUCCUAGGGGUUAAAAGAGCAAGGACAACACUCUCCGCACUGGGACCCAGGCGGCCUUCCAGGGAAGAUGAAGCUCCUCUUGCUCCUGCUGACCUUCUCUCUGGCCCCCAGGACAGAGGCAGGAGAGAUCAUCGGGGGACAUGAAGCCAAGCCCCACUCUCGACCUUACAUGGCUUUUCUUCAGAUCAUGGGUUCGUCUUCUAAGAAGUGUGGUGGCGUCCUUAUCCGAGAGGACUUUGUGCUGACUGCUGCUCACUGUUCAGGGAGCACAAUAAAUGUCACGUUGGGGGCUCACAACAUCAAAGAACAGGAGAAGACACAGCAAGUCAUCCCUGUGGUAAAAAUCAUUCCCCACCCAGAUUAUAAUCGUAAGAAAAUCAUCAACGACAUCAUGCUAUUAAAGCUGAAGACUAAGGCCAAGAGGACUAGCGCUGUGAGGCCCCUCAACCUGCCCAGGCGCAAAGUCAGUGUGAAGCCAGGAGAUGUGUGCUAUGUGGCUGGUUGGGGAAGGAUGGCUCCAAUGGGCAAAUUCCCAGACACACUACAAGAGGUUGAACUGACUGUGCAGAAGGAUCAGGAGUGUGAGUCCUACCUAAAAGGGUAUUACAACGAUGCCAAUGAGAUAUGUGCAGGGGACCCAAAGACCAAACGUGCUUCCUUUCAGGGGGACUCUGGAGGGCCUCUUGUGUGCAAAAAAGCAGCUGCAGGCAUCGUUUCCUAUGGACGUAGUGAUGGUUCAACUCCGCGGGCCUUCACCAAAGUCUCGAGUUUCCUAUCCUGGAUAAAGAAAACUAUGAAAAGCAACUAAUGAUAAGAAGCAUCAUGGAUGAUUUUCUGAUUAACCAUCUUCCCUAUAGCCAAGUCCAGGGUUCUACGACAGGUGACAGCAGCUGAAUAAAGGGUUUUUUCCUGGC